AUGCCAGGCCCACGUCAAGGAAACCGCAGGAGAUCACCUGGCCCCAAAGCGAAACCACAACGCGCGAAACAAGCGCCGCCUGCGAACAAACAGCACGCAACCAAAGUCGAACGCGAAGCCGCCCCAGAGCCCGAAAACCCUAAUGGGUUCGAGAUUGUCGGUAAAGUUCACCUUUCUCUGCAGCAACUGCUCCUCGAUGUGUUCAAGACUGCUCUUCUUUCGAAUCAAGUACCCAAAGAGUCUGCGUCUGAAAACGCCGACGCCGAGUCCGGUGAAUCAAGUUCGGAGAAUAAGAAAGAUGAGCUGGAUAUGAAAUCUUUGAUUCAGACCAUUAAGGGUCUUCUCUAUCAGCGUGACUUUGACUCUGCCUUUACUGAGGCUGGUGAGGAUUUGUUGCGCGCUUAUGCAUUGCGCUGGAGUGCGUCGCGGUCUUUGGGAUAUGCGGGGUUGUUGAAGGGUGUGCUAUCCUGGAUGCAAGAGGAAGAGGAGAAUACUAGAGGACGCUCAAGGACACCUUCUAACAAAGCCACACGGGUUGUUUGCAUCGGUGGUGGCGCUGGUGCUGAGAUUGUUGCCCUUGCGGCCGCAUGGAGAGAUUUGGGUCAUGGUGAACAGUCACUUGAGGAUAGUGUUGCCGCCGUGUCUUUGGAAGAUGCCGAGAACAACGAACCAAAGACAGAAACCAAGAUCCCAGCCGGUCCAAGUCUCUCUGUUGAGGCCGUCGAUAUUGCCGACUGGUCGAAGAUUGUGGAUCGACUUACGCGAACUAUCAACUCGGCUGAAGUUCCGUUCCCCCAAACGACGAGGUUCCGCUCACCUUUGCUUCCUCCAAACGGAGACAACUUUUCUGUUUCGUUCCGCCGAUCUGAUGUCCUCACUCUCCCCGAAGAAGACUUGAAGGAGGUCUUGAUGGGCGCUGCUUCGCCUCCGUCCUUCUCUUCCAUCCUUGUUCCUAUCAUGUUCACAUUGAAUGAGCUCUUCUCUACGUCUAUGCCUAAGACUACCGGAUUCUUGCUCCGCAUGACAGAGAUCCUACCUGCUGGUGCGAUUCUGCUUGUUGUGGACAGUCCCGGCAGCUAUUCGACUUUGAAGCUUGGAAAAGGACCGGACGGCGAACCGCAAGAAAGGAACUAUCCAAUGAAGUUCCUUCUUGAUCAUACACUCCUGUCAGUGGCCAAGGGUAAAUGGGAGAGAGUUUACACCGAGGAAUCCAGGUGGUGGAGACGCGACGACAAGCGGUUGAAGUACGAAGUUGGUGAAGGUGCUGGGCUAGAGGAUAUGCGAUUCCAGCUGCAUAUGUAUCGGCGGUUGUAG